UGCCGGUACUUCCCUUUUCCACAUUCUUCCAAAUUCUUGUUACUUGCACGCUCACUUCAACUUCUUCACUUUCCUUUCAUUCCAUUCUUCUGCUCAAUCCAUCUGAGAAUUGGUUGAAGCUAUAAGUGAUUAUUGACAUCUCAAAGAAUCAGCAUGCGUUGGUUGGGUCUUUUAGUUGAUAUGUUUCGCCAAGUUGUAAGCUUGAACUUAUACUGUAAAGUUAUUCUCUAGAUUAUCAUUCUUUUGGUGUGUGUGCAUUGCAUUUAGAUUGAUUGAGUAGAGUGUGGUGAGGAUCAAAGGAAGUUAUGGUAGGCCAAGCAGCUGGUAAAACAACGUUUCGGGCAUUAAAACAUUGGAAUGGCAUUGAAGGUGAACCAGCGAUUAUUGUUAAAGUCUUAGCGUGCUUUCAACCGUUACACGAUUGUCAGGCUGAUUACUUUCGUCAAUUGCUUAAACCGGUCACGUAAUUGUUCUUUUAUCUUAAAGCUGGAAUUUGUAGUUUUCUUUUUCUGUCAUUUGUUCCGAAGAGAAGCAGCAAGUUAUUGAGAAGAUCCCGUAUCAAAGAACCAAAGCGAGUGCUUCUAUUGUUCUUUGGGACUUUUUUCGGGUUCGAUGGUUAAGGGUCAUGAGUCUUGGCCUUUCCCAGAGCACGUGGCUUGGCCAUCUCUUUAUUUGAAUGGCGCCAGCACAUUGCCGGAUCCUAGUUUUUGUAGUCAUUCAGGGUAUCUGAAUCCUGCUCUCGGGGCAUUUCCAGGGUUCACAGCUCUUGCUACUCCAAGCCUGCAGACUGAUCAGACCAAUGAAGUGCGAGGAUUCGUUCAGGAUCUUAAAACAGAACCGUGUUUGAAAGAAAGAAAUCAUUACGGAGCUAUGCAAAGUACAAAUCCUGCAUCUUUGCAGAAGAAAUUUAUUAUAUUUGACCGGUCUGGUAAUAAGACAAGGUUGUUUUAUAGUCCCGUCUUCCCACUUAUUCAGAGUCCAAUUGAUACUGCUACACAAUUCGCUCAAGCUUACGAAGUUAAUCCGGACAGACGGGAAACUAGUUUUGGUCAAAAGCAUUUACCAAAAUACAUUUUGCCUGAUGAGUCUGAUCAGGAUCAUGUAGUUAACGAAGAAAGUGAAAUGCGUGAAAACACAGAAGAAAUCAAUGCAUUGCUUUAUUCCGAUGAUGAUGAUGAGGAUGAUGAUGAAGACGACGAGGUAACAAGUACAGACCAUUCUCCAUUGAGUAAUGAAAUGACUUAUUUCAUACAAAAACCAUUCGAGGGCAUAAAGGAGGAUGUCGCUAGCUCUGAUUGGCCAAGCAAACGGCAUAAGCUAAUCGACGGUGGGUAUGCAAGAUUAACUCCGCCUCUGGACAGUGCUAGUUCAGUAAGACUAAACGAACCAUCUGAAUGUGUCAGCGAUGCCGAGUCAAAGUACUCUCGCAGCCAAAUGUAUUAUACCAUGAAAACCGAAGAGGAUAACAAUUCCGCAGAUGGUGAUAUUCAAUUGAGAAAGGCUAAAAUCCGCGAAUCGUUGAAAAUUCUCGAGAACUUAACUCCCGGUGCAAAAGGAAAGCAUCCGCUGUUAGUCAUCGACGAAACUAUCGAUUACUUAAAGUCUCUAAUGUCUCAAACUGGUAUGCUUGGGGUAAAAUAUCACUAAACAAUAAGUAUGAAUGAUCGAAAAGGUACUCUUUGUUGUGUUCUUAGUUGCAUGGUAAUUCUUAACAUGGCAUGCUUUCUACUGUUAUUCUGUACUGCAAUUUGCCACUGAAGAAAAAUGUGAUUUGGGUUUCAAUUUGUUGACCAAAAGUUUGUAUCUUUAAGCUUUUGGAGAUAAAGGGUAAGAGCUAGAAUUGACAGGAGCAUGAUUAGUGGAUGGUUGUGCUGUAAAUGAUGACAAUUCCCUUAAGAAAUGUUGAAUUUGUGUGUGAUUAUAUGCAUGCGUGUUUGGUAA